AUUUGCAGAGGACGUAUGAUAUUCUUAUUUAGCUGCCUGUUACUUGGUGUCUACACCGGCUUCUGCAAGGGAGCAAGUCCUGCAGCUCCAGCUCCGCUGGGAAAUGAAGCCAAGCCAAAAAAUGGAGAAAAGCAUCAAUGCUGCCGGUUUGGGUGUCUCAAGGGCACUCAAGCAUCAACAGCGUUUGUUCUUUUGGAGGAACUACUGAGGCAGGAGGGGACUCGGGCUGGUGGAGGUCAGUGUGGAAGGAUCACACUUCAUCGAGCUUUGCCCCCACUCACACCUCUGCUGAAUGCCAUGAACCUGCCUCCCGACAAAGCGCGGCUGCUGCGGCAAUACGACAACGAGAAGAAGUGGGAGCUCAUCUGCGACCAGGAAAGGUUUCAAGUGAAGAAUCCCCCGCACACGUACAUCCAGAAGCUGAAGGGGUAUCUGGACCCGGCUGUCACCAGGAAGAAAUUCAGAAGACGAGUCCAAGAGUCUACUCAAGUACUCCGAGAACUGGAAAUUUCUCUAAGAACAAAUCACAUCGGAUGGGUCAGGGAGUUCCUGAACGAGGAGAACAAAGGCCUGGACGUCCUGGUGGAGUACUUGUCCUUCGCACAGUACGCCGUCACGUUUGACUUUGAAAGUUUGGAGAACAAUGUGGAAAGCUCGAUGGACAAGUCCAAGCCUUGGAGCCGCUCUAUCGAGGACCUGCACCGAGGCAGCAAUUUGCCCUCGCCCGUUGGCAACAGCAUCUCCCGCUCCGGCAGACACUCCACCUUACGGUAUAACACCUUGCCAAGCCGAAGAACGCUAAAAAAUUCCAGAUUAGUGAGUAAAAAAGAUGACGUUCAUGUCUGCAUCAUGUGUUUACGGGCCAUAAUGAAUUACCAGUAUGGAUUCAAUAUGGUCAUGUCGCAUCCACACGCCGUUAAUGAAAUUGCACUAAGUUUGAACAACAAGAAUCCCAGGACAAAGGCCCUUGUCUUAGAGCUUUUAGCAGCUGUUUGCCUCGUCAGAGGAGGGCACGAAAUCAUUUUAUCUGCGUUCGAUAACUUUAAGGAGGUCUGUGGAGAGAAACAGCGCUUCGAAAAGCUGAUGGAGCACUUCCGAAAUGAAGACAACAACAUCGACUUCAUGGUGGCCUGCAUGCAGUUCAUCAACAUCGUUGUCCACUCGGUGGAGGACAUGAACUUCAGGGUCCACCUGCAGUAUGAAUUUACAAAGCUCGGCCUGGAUGAGUACCUGGACAAACUGAAGCACACAGAGAGUGACAAACUGCAAGUGCAAAUCCAAGCGUACCUGGACAACGUUUUUGAUGUGGGAGCUUUGCUGGAGGAUGCGGAGACCAAGAAUGCAGCCCUGGAAAGAGUUGAAGAACUGGAAGAAAAUAUUUCCCACUUAUCUGAAAAACUCCAAGAUACGGAGAACGAAGCCAUGGCAAAGAUUGUGGAACUGGAAAAACAGCUUAUGCAACGGAACAAAGAACUGGACGUGAUUCGGGAAAUCUACAAAGAUGCAAAUACCCAAGUUCACACCUUGAGAAAAAUGGUGAAAGAAAAAGAAGAAGCCAUCCAGCGCCAGUCGACGCUGGAGAAAAAGAUCCACGAACUGGAGAAGCAGGGAACCAUUAAGAUCCAGAAGAAAGGGGACGGUGACAUCUCCAUCCUCCCCGUGGCUCUGGCCUCCGGGAUGGUGCCGGCAGGGCCAGAGGCUGCGGCUGGCACGUGUGUCACACUGGGGGCCGGAGCUGCGUCUUCAGUGCCAUUGCCGCCACCUCCACCGCCGUUACCCACCUUGGCAGCAGCGUCUGAGGCAGUGCAAAAUGGCCCCGUGUCGGUGCCGAUGCCGCCGCCUCCGCCGCCGCCCCCACCGCCGCCCCCGCCGCCGCUCCCGGGUCCGUCUCUGGAUGCGGCUCCUGCGGCUCCGCUGCCGCCGCCGCCCCCGCCGUCCGCGCCGCCGCUGCCCGGGACAGCCUCCCCCACCGUGGUCUUCAACUCAGGGCUCGCAGCUGUGAAAAUCAAGAAGCCGAUCAAGACCAAGUUCCGCAUGCCGGUGUUCAACUGGGUUGCCCUCAAACCCAACCAGAUCAAUGGGACGGUCUUCAACGAAAUAGAUGACGAAAGGAUCCUGGAGGAUUUAAAUGUGGACGAAUUUGAAGAAAUAUUCAAAACUAAAGCCCAAGGUCCAGCCAUCGAUCUUACUUCAAGCAAGCAAAAGAUAACGCAGAAAGGCUCGAACAAAGUCACGUUACUGGAUGCCAACAGGGCCAAAAAUCUUGCCAUUACUUUGAGAAAAGCUGGAAAAACGGCGGAUGAAAUAUGCAAAGCCAUUCACGUGUUUGACCUGAAGACGUUGCCGGUGGAUUUUGUGGAAUGCCUGAUGCGGUUCCUGCCCACCGAGAAUGAAGUGAAGGUGCUGCGGCUCUACGAGCGGGAGCGCAAACCCAUCGAGAACCUGUCGGACGAGGACCGCUUCAUGAUGCAGUUCAGCAAGAUCGAGAGGCUGAUGCAGAAGAUGACCAUCAUGGCCUUCAUAGGCAACUUCGCGGAGAGCAUCCAGAUGCUGACCCCGCAACUUCACGCAAUAAUAGCUGCAUCUGUCUCAAUAAAGUCAUCCCAAAAGCUGAAGAAAAUACUGGAGAUAAUCCUGGCUCUCGGAAACUACAUGAACAGCAGUAAACGGGGAGCCGUGUAUGGAUUUAAACUGCAGAGUUUAGACCUGCUCCUGGAAACAAAGUCGACGGACCGAAAGCAGACCCUGCUGCACUAUAUUUCAAACGUGGUCAAGGAGAAGUACCAGCACGUCUCCCUCUUCUACAACGAGCUGCAUUACGUGGAGAAGGCGGCCGCAGUGUCUCUUGAAAACGUCCUCUUGGACGUGAAGGAGCUGCAGAGAGGCCUGGAUCUGACAAAGCGCGAGUACACCAUGCACGACCACAACACGAUGCUGAAGGAGUUCAUUCAGAACAACGAAGGGAAGCUGAAGAAACUGCAGGAUGACGCCAAAAUAGCCCAGGAUGCCUUCGAUGAUGCUGUGAAGUACUUUGGCGAGAAUCCCAAGACAACACCCCCCUCCGUCUUUUUCCCAGUGUUUGUCCGGUUUGUGAAGGCCUACAAGCAAGCAGAAGAAGAGAAUGAGUUGAGAAAAAAGCAGGAGCAGGCCUUAAUGGAAAAACUCAUGGAGCAAGAAGCACUGAUGGAGCAGCAGGACCAGAAGUCUCCUUCACAUAAAACAAAGAGGCAGCAGCAGGAGCUGAUUGCAGAGCUCAGGCGGCGGCAAGUCAAGGAUAACAGGCAUGUGUACGAAGGGAAGGAUGGCGCUAUCGAAGACAUUAUAACAGUGCUGAAGACUGUGCCCUUUACCGCUCGAACCGCCAAGCGGGGCUCUCGGUUCUUCUGCGAACCUGUUCUCACUGAGGAAUUGCAUUACUAAACUAUUCCUCUUUCACACCUGCUGCUCUUAGCCAAAAGAAAGAUCUUCGAAACCAGCCGUACCGCCGGGCCGACGCGCUGAGGAGGAGCGUGCGGCGCCGCUUCGACGAUCAGAACCUGCGCUCCGCCAACGGCGCCGAGAUCGCCAUGUGAGCCCGGCGGGCUGGAGCCAUCCCUCGGCCCCGCCAGCCCAUUGCCAGCCUCGGCAUCAGUGACACUGACCUUCCAAGGGGCUCCGAGACCUAAAACCCGCAUAGGAACGCCAGCGAGGGGCUCUCCACUCAACCGUAGCUAACAAGUGCCUGAAAUUGAAGUACCUGCUCAAAUUAAUCAAAGCAAUAGGACUUGAUUUGAUUGGGUAUCUUUUUACACCAAUACAUUAUUCAGUAUUUUUAACCAAAAUGUAAAAUAACAUGUUGUUUUUUUGGGGGGUGUUUAGUUUGGUUUGAUGAUACGAAAGUUUAGUGACUGGUCUCCUGUGGACCUUGACCCGCAUCCCGACUGGUUGUGACCCGGUGACGCUCGGCUUUUCCACGCACUCCUGUGCUGGCGCUGAGGGGUGACCCUCGUCUCCAGCUGCACUUACCAACGCCUCCUGGUGGGUUUGGGUUUGUUUUUACAAAAAGCAAGACAUUAAAGGGCUUUCUAUAUGUUUCCCAGAAGGGCCCCGUCCCUUUUCCCACCGUGCACACAGACUCCAUGUCACCACAGGGAUGUGGCACCAUGUCCGCCGGUGACAACGAGAUGUUUGGCAUUGUCACUGCAGGGAUGUGGCACCACGUCCAUUGGUGACAACGAGAUGUUUGGCAUUGUCACUGCAGGGAUGUGGCACCACGUCCAUUGGUGACAGCGAGAUGUUUGGCAUUGUCACUGCAGGGAUGUGGCUCCAUGUCCGCCGGUGACAACGAGAUGUUCGGCGUCACCGCAGGGAUGUGGGUCCACGUCCAUUGGUGACAACGAGAUAUUUGGCGUCACUGCAGGGAUGCGGCACCACGUCCGCCGGUGACAACGGGAUGUUCGGCAUUGUCACCAGGAGGUCGGAUGUUUGUGCCAUGUGGGGCUGGGGCACCAAGGCCGCUGCGCAGAUCGAGGAGGGGGCAGAGCCACGUGCGCUGCAGCCGGAGGCAGCUUCUGGAUAACAGUGUAUUUAUUAAUUAGCACUAAGGUAUUAACAUCUCCAUAAUCAGUAUUAGGACCCGCAGGACCGCGGCGGUUCAGUUCCUCGCGCGGAGAAGCGCCCCGUGCCCUGCUCGGUGGGAUUCACACCCGGCGCCGAUCCCUCGGACCAUCCGGUUCCAGUUCCCCGCCCAGGCUCAGAUCCCGGUAGGUGACAGGUGACAUUUUGCCAUUUGAAAGCGUGGAAGGGGCCGCGGUGGCGCGGAGCAGCGGGCCGGGCCGGGCCGGGGCCGCGGGGCCGGGGUCUUCUCGGCAGCGAGGAACUGGGCUGCAGAGGAAUUCCUGCUUUCCAAGACACAUUUUGCCUCCAGCUCCCCCUUCCCGGUCUCGCUGCAUCAAUAUGUUAAUUGUAAAAUUUAUUGUAUAGUAUUUAACCACUGAAUUUCUUUGUUUCUUUUAUGUUGUGCUUAUGUGAACCACUGGUGAAGGUCCCGUUUUGGUUUUUUUUUCUCUCGGAUAAUGUGUAGUUAUAUGAUAAUCUGUUUUUAAAUGUACAGAUAUUUUGCUACAAAAUUGGUGCAGUUUUUUAUGGUUUUUACACUUCUCUUUUCCUCCCACUUUGGCCUCCGGCUAAUAUUGUAAAUAUUGUUUAAAAAAAAAAAGUGCAUCAGCCUGUGCUAUACAAUCUGAAUGUUAUUUUAACUUAUAGUUUUUGUUUUUAUAUUUAACUAAAUGGACAGUUUGGGGCUCAAAGUUACCACGUUGACCUCUGCUCACCCAUUCACAGGCCGUUUACGUUAAAAACUGCCACCUCCUCGCAUUUACAGCAACGUGUACUUGACCUGCUAAAGAGAACAUGCCCAGGCGCCUCUUUCCUCACCCCCGUGACCCAAGAGCGUCCUAAUCUAAGAGAAUCUGACAAUUAAUUUACCAAACGAGCGGUGAAAAGCACUGGCUCUCCCACUGUGGAGCUCAAAAAGCUAUUUUUUGAAUUGAAGAGACAAAUUAUCCUGCGAGUAGAAUAUAAUGCUGGCAUGUUCUCUUUAAUAUUUUUCUAGUAAUAGACCUGCUUCUUAGCAAUAUUAGGAGUGUUUUAUAAAAGCAGUUCAUGUUACUUUCCUGGUCUGUUCCUGCCAUAAGAUCAAAUAAACUAUUUACACUACUA